AAGGUACAAAACAUAAAGGAUGAGGCACUUGAAUCAGAUUAAACUCAAGGGUCUUGAAGAUUUAGCAAAAGAAUGGGAGAAGUGAAGGUGAUUGCUACACCUCAAAGCUUCCCUUGUGCAAGGAUUGAAUGGGCUUUAAGGAUAAAGGGUGUGGAAUAUGAGUACUUAAAAGAAGACUUGGCAAAUAAGAGUCCUUUGCUUCUUCAGUCUAACCCAGCCCACAAGAAAGUCCCAGUGCUCCUACACCAUGACAACCCAAUUGCUGAAUCACUUGUGAUCCUUGAAUACAUAGAUGAGACAUGGAAGGAGAACCCUUUGCUACCACUAGACCCUUAUGAGAGGGCACAGGCUCGUUUCUGGGCCAAGUUUAUUGAUGACAAGUGUGUGUUUGGUGUAUGGGGAGCCACUGUGGCCCAAGGAGAAGAGAAGGAGAAAGCCAUAGAUGCUGCACUAGAGUCACUUGCAUUUAUUGAGAAGGAAAUUGAAGGGAAAAAGUAUUUUGGUGGGGAGAAGAUUGGUUAUCUUGACAUUGUAGUUGGGUGGAUGUCUCAUUGGCUCAAUGUCCUAGAAGAGCUUGGAGAGAUUGAACUACUCACUGCUGAGAGGUUCCCAUCUCUUCAUGCAUGGAGCCACAACUUCAUUCAGACUCCACCUAUCAAAGAUUGCAUUCCACCAAGGGAAACCGUGGUUGAAUAUUUCAGCUUUGGCAUCAACUACGUGCGUUCCUUAGAAGCAUCCACUAAAUCUUGAAUGCAUACUUGUAACCAAGCAUGCAUCAUUUAUGUUAGUUGUAAUGUUCACAUUGUAUAUUCAUUGUCGUUGGAGUUUUCAUUCAUAUGGUGUUGGUUAUCUUAGUAUAUGAAAUUGAGUGUAAAAUGUGUACGAGUUCUGGUCAUAUGAUCAUAGUCUUAUAUUUGAUUUCUGUUGUCAUUAUUAUGAUUUUUAUUAAUAAAAGAAAUGUAGUUUGUGUAAAA